AUGGCGUCUGAUGAAAAUAUUUAUUCUUAUAGUCCUUCCCUUCCAGCCUCGGUCCUGUUCACUAUUCUCUACUUCUUCCCCUUCAUCUACCACCUCUACGUGACAGUCUUUGCCCCUUGUCGGGGUAGAUAUAACCGUGCUGGCCAUUUCAUCCCUUUGCUGAUAGGUGCCUUUCUCGAGGUGAUUGGAUAUGCCGUACGCAGUGCCAGUGUUGAAGAGCCUAGCAGCAUUCCCUUGUAUGCUGUUAGUGCCACUCUCAUUGUGAUCGCACCUGUCUUCGUGUGUGCGAGUCUCUACCUCUUGAUGGACAGGUUGAUCUGGACUAGAUCCGAUGAUCAGGCCCGUGAGAAGCCAGCGUCAUUCCGUUUCGUCCUGCGGCGUCCAUGGCUCCCUCGGAUCUUCGUUACGUUGGACAUCCUCAGCUGCCUUACCCAAGCGUCAGGAAGCAGUAUCGCCUCGGCAGGAGACUGGGAAGGAUCGGAGAAAGAUACCGGGACCGGAGUAUUGAUCGGCGGGUUGGCGCUACAGGUUGCGACCUUUGCGGCGUUCCUCCUCUUCGUCGGGUCGUUCCAUCUCAAAGCGAAAAGAGGAGGGGUAGUGAUCGAUGAUGGCGUGAGGCAGCUUUUGAGAGGGAUUUACAUAUCCGGCUUUUUCAUUCUGGUCCGUUGUGUAUACCGCAUGAUUGAGUUUGCCCUUGGAAUCGACGCGUAUUUCUUCAAUCAUGAAUGGGCAUUGUAUGUCCUCGAGGCAGUCCCGAUGCUCAUCGCCAUCAGCGUUCUUGGAUGGUACCACCCUGCACGAUUUCUGUCUCCAACCAGCUCCCCUAGCGCUCAGUGA